AUGAAGGUGCCAAGCAACAACUGCACAUUACUGAUCAUUUUUCUGUUCUCUUUGUUGAGUGUAAUACAUGCCAAAGCAAUAACGAGAACCUGCUUCAGUGGCAGAAGUCCAUGUUUUCUUAAGAAGCUAACUUGCCCAAGUGAAUGCCCAAGCACAUCACCAGUGGACACAAGAGCUAAAGUUUGCCAUAUUAACUGUGACUCACCCAUAUGCAAAGCAGAGUGCAAACACCUUAAGCCGAAUUGUGAGGGCCCUGGAGCAGUCUGCUUGGAUCCCCGAUUCAUUGGUGGCGAUGGGAUUGUCUUCUACUUCCACGGCAAGAGCAAAGAGUAUUUCAGCUUGGUUUCUGAUCCCAAUCUCCAGAUCAAUGCCCACUUCAUUGGCCUAAGGCCGGUCGGCAGAACCAGGGACUAUACUUGGAUUCAAGCCCUUGGAAUUCUAUUUGAUUCUCACAACUUCUCUCUUGAGGCUGCCAGGGCAGCAACCUGGGAUGAUGAAGAUGACCAUCUGAAAUUCUCCUACAAUGGAAAAGAGCUGCUGAUACCACAAGGACAUCUCUCCUCAUGGGAAUCCCCAGAAAAUGGUCUAAAAGUGGAGAGAACAUUGAGCAAGAAUAGUGUUACAGUAACUCUCCCAGAGAUGGUGGAGAUUUCAGUAAAUGUGGUGCCGGUGACAAAGGAAGAUGACAGAAUCCACAACUACCAGAUACCAUCCGAUGACUGCUUUGCUCACCUGGAGGUGCAGUUCAGAUUCUUUGGGCUCUCCCCGAAAGUUGAAGGAGUGCUUGGCCGAACUUACCAACCGAAUUUCAAGAAUCCAGCGAAGCCGGGUGUGGCAAUGCCAGUAGUUGGAGGCGAGGACAAGUACAGAACAACAUCACUUCUCUCUGCAGAUUGCAGUUCAUGUGUGUUCUCUAGGGCCAGAAAUUUGGACCGAGUGAACUCAGUGGUGAUGGAAUAUGGCACACUAGACUGCACAGGCAGGGCAACCAGCGGGAAUGGACUAGUUUGCAAGAAAUGA